AUGGUCUCCCCUCUUCGUGACCGCAAACGUUUCAAUCGAGGCAUGAUAAAUCCUUUCCUAAAUCUCCCAAAAGCCCUUCUAACACAACCCAAAAAGGUAAUCAACAAAGUCCUCUACAGCGCCCAACAGGAAGUCGCAAACCUACACCUAGGCGAAGGAUUCUACAACCACUGGGUAAUCGUCCAAGACCCCCUGCAACAAACCUUCUCCAAACCCACAAACGCUGUAUCGCUAGACUUCCACUCUGGUUUCUUGAACCACUCUUUAGAUGAGAUUAAAGAGUUUGUGGAUACAAGGCUUGGCGAGAAAGGACUUGGACAAGGCGAAAACUCAUACGACAAUCUCUCAGACGAUAUAUUUGGUAUCAUUGAUGAGAGAACGGCAGAUGACAAUACUAUCUUAUUUCCGGUCUAUGAUAUCGUUGAUUCAUUCCAAGAGGCUGAGAUCAGGGUUGCUUGGAACAAUGCCACCGAGCGCGAUAAAGCUCUGGUCCGAUGCUUUUGGUCUGAAGACACUGAAUCCGAUAUCAGGUUCCUUGCAAACACGAUUGAGGGAAUAGACUCUACAAUGGGUAUCGAAGAGAUGAGCGAUAAGGUCUACAGUCAUAUGGACAGUCUCAGAAGGGAAGAAGGGAUCAUGAGGUGGUUUGAGAUUAGACUGGAUGCUGGGUAUACUGUUCUGGGCAAAAGUGGUAUUUGGCUGAUAGGGGCAGCGGAUACUCUCAUAGAUCGCACAGAGUUUGAUGAGGACGGUGUGAUGAGGGGGAGCAAAAUUGAUCGGUCUUGA